AUGGUAAUGAGAACACGACACGGCCCGGCCACACUAUCAAUUUGCAGGCCUCCGAUGUCGGUGAACGCCCAGCUCGGUGAGUUUGUGAAAAGGCUCAAAUCAACGUAUGAUGACGAUUCGACAGAUCGGUGGCAUCAUGUAACAACCAUCUUUAUGCUAAUUGGGUUGGCCACAACCCUAUUUCUGAAAAACUACGUCGGAGAUCCGCUUCAAUGCUGGCGGCCAGCCCAGUGGAGUGGUCAAUGGGAGAAAUUUGCCGAAGCGUACUGUUUCGUGGAAAAUACGUACUUUGUGCCGAUGAAUGAGACGAAUCUGCCCCCGGUCCACACCCGAGAGGAUAAGGAGAUGAUCUACUACCAAUGGGUGCCAUUCAUUCUCCUGCUAAUGGGCUUGAUGUUCUACGUGCCGCGCGGGAUUUGGAAGAUUUUCAGCGUUUAUUCAGGCCUGACCCUACCCGUGAUGAUGCAGGAGGCGAGAAAGGCUGGAAAAGCCGGAAACGACGCAAAAAUGCCGGGCACGCUCGCCGGGGCGCUUUAUAGAGAACAUCAAGCAUCUAGGGAAGGAGGCAAAGUGACAAUGUAUGGUGGCUACCUCUCGAAUCUGUAUUUCUUCUGCAAGACGUUGAUGCUGAUCAAUGUGGUUGGGCAACUGGUGUUUCUGAAUCAUUGGCUCGGGACGAAAUAUACGUUCUGGGGAUUCGGAAUACUAUGGGAUAUGAUUAAUGGAAGACAUUGGCAGGAGAGUGGGCAUUUUCCGAGAGUGACAUACUGUGAUGUGACAGUACGUGAACUGGGAAAUGUCAACAACUGGACACUGCAAUGCGUGCUGAUGGUGAACAUGUUCAACGAGAAGAUCUUCAUCUUCCUGUGGUUCUACUUCUGCUUCCUUGCAGCUGUUACACUUAUCAACUGGAUCGCGUGGGCCGGCCGUUGCUUCUUCAACAAACCGGAAGAUUUCAUCGGAGAGCUUGUGUCAACCUCCGACCGUCGAUACAGUGAUCCCGAAGUGCGAGACUUUUUCCAGAAAGUUUUGAAGAAGGAUGGCGUAUUGUUAAUCCAUAUGAUCGACGAGAACGGUGGCCGGCUCUUCUCAUCGGAAGUCGUCAAAGCAUUGUGGUCAUUGUGGAGGCAGAGCGGAGCAAGGAAACCGGUCCAAGACCAGACGCCGCCCAAAAAACUGACCGCCAUCGACGAGGGCGAUGACGAGACGUUCAAGCCAAUCCAU